AUGUUAGAUGCUGACGUAAUUCUUACAAAUAUUGAGACUUUGAAAGUCUUAAUCGCAAAAGAUUUCACUGUUGUUUCUCCAAUGCUUAUGUCCGAUGGAGUGUAUUCUAAUUUUUGGUGUGGGAUGACAGAAAACUAUUACUACAAAAGAACAGAUGACUAUAAGCCAAUAUUAAAUAGAAAGAAAACUGGCUGCUUUGAUGUUCCUAUGGUUCAUAGUGCUGUAUUGAUAUCAAUGAGAUAUGAUGUUUCUGACAAGUUGACAUAUUAUCCUAGUAAGAUCACUAACUAUGAUGGCCCUGAGGAUGACAUUAUUGCCUUUGCUCUGAACUCAAAGGCACUUGGUGAGCAUGUCAUUUUCCAAUGUAAUCGGUACCUUUGCAGCCAAAUUAAAAAUAGAUCAAUUAAGAUAUGUUUAUCAACAGGCAUACCGUUGUAUAUUUGUAAUGAAGCCAUUUAUGGUUUUGUUCCCGUUCCCUUGGAAGAUAAUGAUCCUCUGGAGAAGGAUUAUGAACAAAUGCUCAAUAUAAAACUGGAAGCAAUUAGCCAAGGUACACCUUUACCAUUAAACCAUAUGUUGGAAGAAUAUGUAACACAUCCAAACAAAUGGAAGUUUGGUUGUGAUGAAAUAUAUAUGAUUAAUUUAGAGAGAAGGCAAGAGAGACGGUUUCUUAUGGAGCUCAGUUUCAAAGAACUUGGAAUGUCAGUGCAGCAUUUCAGUGCAAUUGAUGGUCGAAAUUUAGACAUGAAUGAUCUAAGAGAGUACUCUAUUACAUUAAUGCCAAAUUAUGAAGACCCAUAUCAUAAAAGACCAAUGAAAGCCGGUGAAGUCGGUUGCUUCUUGAGUCACUAUUAUAUUUGGCAAGAUAUUGUAAAAAAUCAUCAUCGAGUUGCGUUAUUGCUAGAAGACGAUAUACAUUUUGUACCGUACUUUAGGCAUCGAUUCAUUCAAUUGAUGGACGAGAUCACACAAUCCUUAUCGGCUCUAUUAUAUAUAAUAUAUAACAUGUUUUAUUUCAGGUACAUAGGACGCAAGAUCCUUCUAGAUGGUGAGGAGGAGUACGCGACUCCUCAUACCACGAGACCUCUGUAUUCUUACUGGACCCUCGGUUAUUUGAUCAGCGAAAGAGGCGCUAAGAAACUCUUAAGGGCAGAUCCGUUAUCGAAAAUGCUGCCUGUUGAUGAGUUUCUACCUAUCAUGUUCGAUCAGCAUCCUAAGUAA